GUGAUCCAGCGGCGCGACGACUUCGGCGAGCCCCGCGAGAACUUCAACCGCGACUGGAACGACUACAAGAACGGCUUCGGCGACCCGGCGCGCGAGUUCUGGCUGGGCAACGAGAACAUCUACAUGCUCACCAACAACGAGGAGUACAUGCUGCGCGUCGAGCUGGAGGACUUCGAGGGCAACAAGAGGUACGCCCAGUACACGCACUUCAAAAUCUACUCCGAGGCCGAGUACUACAAGCUGGAGAUCGAUGGUUACGAUGGCAACGCGGGCGACUCACUGAAUGAUCCUUGGUACGGCUCGAACAACAGCCCCUUCUCCACCUACAACAGGGACAACGACCGGUCGUCACUCAACUGCGCGUCCAUGCUCAAGGGCGGCUGGUGGUGGAAGUCAUGCGGCCGCGGCCUCAACGGCCUCUACCUCAACGACCCGCAGGAUCUCACCGCCCGGCAA